AAAAAAAAAAGAGAGGGAGUACGUGAGUCGUCCAGUGCAAUCUCUAUUGUUUGAAACUUACUUUUUAAUCAGAAUUUGAAGAUGAAAACGGUUAAAAAAUGGCCAUACUCUAGUAACUAAUCAGCCUAAUGCUUUGCUUUUGAAAUUUUUACCAUCACUAUUUUUUUUUUUUCAUUUUGGAUUGAGAAAAUGAAUCCAGAUAUAGAAGAAAGUACGGGAUGUUGGAAAAAAUUACUUGUUAAACAGUGGAAUAUCUAAUAACAAUUUUCAAGAAGUUUCAGAGAAAUAAAACUGUUAUGCUUCGAUUUUGGUAUGGUAUUGACUCUCUAGCACAUAGGUAGCCCUCCAAAAUAUCAUCCAGUUUUCUAAAUUAUGGAAAUUUUGUGGAAGACGUUAACAUGGAUUCUGAGCCUCAUCAUGGCUUCAUCGGAAUUUCAUAAUGACCACAGACUUUCAUACAGUUCUCAAGAGGAAUUCCUGACUUAUCUUGAACACUACCAGCUAACUAUUCCAAUAAGAGUUGAUCAAAAUGGAGCUUUUCUCAGCUUUACUGUGAAAAAUGAUAAACACUCAAGGAGAAGACGGAGUAUGGACCCUAUUGAUCCACAGAAGGCAGUAUCUAAGUUAUUUUUUAAACUUUCAGCCUAUGGGAAGCACUUUCACCUAAACUUGACUCUCAAUACAGAUUUUGUGUCCAAACAUUUUACAGUAGAAUAUUGGGGAAAAGAUGGACCCCAGUGGAAACAUGAUUUUUUAGACAACUGUCAUUACACAGGAUACUUGCAAGAUCAACGUAGCACAACUAAAGUGGCUUUAAGCAACUGUGUUGGGUUGCAUGGUGUUAUUGCUACAGAAGAUGAAGAAUAUUUUAUUGAACCUUUAAAGAAUACCACAGAGGAUUCCAAGAAUUUUAGUUAUGAAAAUGGCCACCCUCAUGUUAUCUACAAAAAAUCUACCCUUCAACAGCGGCAUCUGUAUGAUCACUCUCAUUGUGGGGUUUCAGACCUCACAAGAAGUGGCAUACCUUGGUGGCUGAAUGACACAUCUACUUUUCCUUCUUCCUUACCAAUUAAUGACACACAUAUCCGCCACAGACAUAAGAGAUCAGUGAGCAUUGAGCGGUUUGUGGAGACAUUGGUAGUGGCAGACAAAAUGAUGGUGGGCUACCAUGGCCGCAAAGACAUUGAACAUUACAUUUUGAGUGUGAUGAAUAUUGUUGCCAAACUUUACCGUGAUUCCAGUCUAGGAAACGUUGUGAAUAUUAUAGUGGCCCGCUUGAUUGUUCUCACAGAAGAUCAGCCAAACUUGGAGAUAAACCACCAUGCAGACAAGUCCCUCGAUAGCUUCUGUAAAUGGCAGAAAUCCAUUCUCUCUCACCAAAGUGAUGGAAACACCAUUCCAGAAAAUGGGAUUGCCCACCACGAUAAUGCAGUCCUUAUUACUAGAUAUGAUAUCUGCACUUAUAAAAAUAAGCCCUGUGGAACACUGGGCUUGGCCUCUGUGGCUGGAAUGUGUGAGCCUGAAAGGAGCUGCAGCAUUAAUGAAGACAUUGGCCUGGGUUCAGCUUUUACCAUUGCACAUGAGAUUGGUCACAAUUUUGGUAUGAACCAUGAUGGAAUUGGAAAUUCUUGUGGGACAAAAGGUCAUGAAGCAGCAAAACUUAUGGCAGCUCAUAUUACUGCAAAUACCAAUCCUUUUUCCUGGUCUGCCUGCAGUAGAGACUAUAUCACCAGCUUUCUAGAUUCAGGCCGUGGUACUUGCCUUGAUAAUGAGCCUCCCAAGCGUGACUUUCUUUAUCCAGCUGUGGCUCCAGGUCAGGUGUAUGAUGCUGAUGAGCAAUGUCGUUUCCAGUAUGGAGCAACAUCCCGCCAAUGUAAAUAUGGGGAAGUGUGUAGAGAGCUCUGGUGCCUCAGCAAAAGCAACCGCUGUGUUACCAACAGUAUUCCAGCAGCUGAGGGGACACUGUGUCAAACUGGGAGUAUUGAAAAGGGGUGGUGUUAUCAGGGAGAUUGUGUUCCUUUUGGCACUUGGCCCCAGAGCGUAGAUGGGGGCUGGGGUCCCUGGUCACUAUGGGGAGAGUGCAGCAGGACCUGCGGGGGAGGCGUCUCCUCAUCCCUAAGACACUGUGACAGUCCAGCACCUUCAGGAGGUGGAAAAUAUUGCCUUGGGGAAAGGAAACGAUAUCGCUCCUGUAACACAGAUCCAUGCCCUUUGGGUUCCCGAGAUUUUCGAGAGAAACAGUGUGCAGACUUUGACAAUAUGCCUUUCCGAGGAAAGUAUUAUAACUGGAAACCCUAUACUGGAGGUGGUGUAAAGCCUUGUGCAUUAAACUGUUUGGCUGAAGGUUAUAAUUUCUACACUGAACGUGCCCCUGCGGUGAUUGAUGGGACCCAGUGCAAUGCAGAUUCACUGGAUAUCUGUAUCAAUGGAGAAUGCAAGCAUGUAGGUUGUGAUAAUAUUUUGGGAUCUGAUGCUAGGGAAGAUAGAUGUCGAGUCUGUGGAGGGGAUGGAAGCACAUGUGAUGCCAUUGAAGGGUUCUUCAAUGAUUCGUUGCCCAGAGGAGGAUACAUGGAAGUUGUGCAGAUACCAAGAGGCUCCGUUCACAUUGAAGUCAGAGAAGUUUCCAUGUCAAAGAACUAUAUUGCUUUAAAAUCUGAAGGGGAUGAUUACUAUAUUAAUGGUGCCUGGACUAUUGACUGGCCUAGAAAGUUUGAUGUUGCUGGGACAGCUUUUCACUACAAGAGACCAACUGAUGAACCAGAAUCUCUGGAAGCUCUAGGUCCCACCUCAGAAAAUCUCAUUGUUAUGGUUCUGCUUCAGGAACAGAAUUUGGGCAUUAGGUAUAAGUUCAACGUUCCCAUCACUCGAACUGGCAGUGGAGAUAAUGAGGUUGGCUUUUCAUGGAAUUAUCAGCCUUGGUCAGACUGCUCAGCUACUUGUGCUGGAGGUGUCCAAAGACAAGAGGUGGUCUGUAAAAGAUUGGAUGACAACUCUAUUGUCCAGAACAAUUACUGUGACCCUGACAGUAAGCCACCUGAAAAUCAAAGAACCUGCAACACUGAGCCCUGCCCACCUGAGUGGUUCAUUGGGGACUGGUUGGAAUGCAGCAAGACUUGUGACGGUGGAAUGCGCACAAGGGCAGUGCUGUGCAUCAGGAAGAUUGGACCUUCUGAGGAGGAGACACUGGACUACAGUGGUUGUUUAACACAUCGGCCUAUCGAAAAAGAGCCCUGCAACAACCAGUCAUGCCCACCUCAGUGGGUGACUUUGGACUGGUCGGAAUGUACUCCAAAAUGUGGCCCAGGAUUCAAGCAUCGAAUUGUUCUGUGCAAGAGCAGUGACCUUUCUAAAACCUUCCCAGCCGGUCAGUGUCCAGAGGAGAGCAAGCCUCCUGUCCGCAUCCGCUGCAGUUUGGGGCGCUGCCCUCCUCCGCGAUGGGUGACUGGAGACUGGGGCCAGUGUUCUGCUCAGUGUGGCCUUGGACAGCAAAUGCGAACUGUGCAGUGUCUCUCCUACACUGGACAGGCGUCUAGCGACUGUCCAGAAACUUCCCGGCCUCCAUCGAUGCAGCAGUGUGAAAGCAAAUGUGACAGUACCCCCAUUUCCAACACUGAAGAGUGCAAAGAUGUGAACAAAGUGGCUUAUUGCCCACUGGUGCUGAAGUUCAAGUUCUGCAGUCGAGCAUACUUCAGACAGAUGUGUUGUAAGACCUGCCAAGGACACUGACCCACAGAAAGCCAGAGAGAGAACCUUGUCAUUUCAUCGUGGAAAUGCGUCCAUCAAAGAGAGCCACCCAGAGGAAGAGGGUUGAUGUCCUUGCAAAUGCAUUACCCUGUGGAAAACGUAACCACUGGUCAGCCCUCGCUGACAGGAUUUCAAUAUUAUUUUAACUUCUGUGAAGUGGGAUUUAUUGAUCCAAAGUGCUGGACACGGUAUUAGGAGGGAAUGCCAGAUUGGAGAGAUCCAAACAACACGGGGAGACUUGCUUACUGUGGAAUGUUUGUGUUCUUUCGAGUAAAUCCAAUAGCCUGUUUACCUCCGUGGACCAUUAAGAUAAUUUUUAUUAUGGACUUAGCAAUGACACUGAAUCCAUUUGUAUUUAAAACUGUUUAAAAUGUAGCUGUUAUGACUUGGUCAACUAUGGAAGUAAAGAAGAUUCAGAAUUCCUAAGUCAUAGCUUAAAAAUAUUUACUAUACUCUAUCUCACUACAGCAGCGCCACAAACUUAAAUUAUAAAAUGGGCUUUGAACUGUAACUUAAGGAGCAAUUAUAAAUCAAAAGUAAUGAGAGUUUGUAUUAUUUUUUCUUCAUUUCACCUAAUUUCCUUAGGAAUAAUCCCCCUGUUCUGAACACUGCUGUGAGCCAUAUAUAAAACUAUAUUAAACUGAACAACAAUGAGGGACUUAGUGUAAAGCAGUGCAUCAGUUACCACAGCUGUGCGAGUCUAUAAAUUCAGUGCUAAAAGACUGUGGCCAACUUGCCAUUGUGCAAGUGAAGCUGAGAUUUCCAUUAAAACUUUAAGAGAAAAACAUUUCAAUUUCAUGCAGAAGCCAGACCUGGAGCAUGGCUGAGAUGAAGGCACCAGGCCCUCUGCUGCCAUCACAUAGGAUGCCUUACUUCUUAUUUGAGUCACCCCAACUCGCUGUGUUUACACCCUCACCAGGUACAGAGCAGCUCCUGCCCUGUUGUGUUGUUGCAUGCGUGUUGUGCUUACCAAGAUGAUACCAUGCAAAAGCUAGACUGGCUCGGUAACAACCAGACAGACCCUUUUGCAACUUGAUGACAAUUAUGAUGGGUUCCAGAUGUCCUUUCUUUGAUAUGGUAGAAGGGCAUUUAUUUAUAUGAGAGCAAGUGUGUGUGUGUGCGGGCGCUUUUGAGUGUGUGGAAAGAUGAGUGUGCUUCCACAUAAACGUGCUAUUUCUGAGUUUUAAAGGAGGCAAGGGAUAACAACCAAAGAAGAAAGCUCGUGAAGACUAGAGAUCAGAAAGCAUACAUUUUAAGUCAUUCAACCAAGAAUUUUGUAUUAUUUUUAUGGAUACUCUGAAUGGCAACUAAAUGUGAAACCCAGUGUCUUGGGCAAGUCAAAUUCUAGAGUCACAUCCACCUAAAUUAAAAUGUCUGGCUCAUAUUUUCCCUAUCCUCGAGUUUUGCAUCCUUCUCAUCAGAAGGCUCAACAACAGUGUUGUUUUGAAAAGGGUACUUGUUUCUAUAGAUGUUUUGUACUAGAACACUUGUGGCUUGCAGCAGGUUCCUGAGGAAUGUGCUUUGUGUCCAACAUGCCUCCUUUAUUGUACACAUGUGCGCUCGGUGAACACGCCAACUCUACAGCUCAAAACUAAAUGGCUGCUUGGUAGAGAUGAUACCUGCAGUAAAGAAAAGGUUUUGCUCAAGCCCUUCAUCUGCUCUGAACCACACCUCAGUGUGUCAAAUGUGUCAUAUGCACUGCAACCUAAUGUGGAUGACUCGUUUGUUUUGUUUUUUUCUGAAAGGUAGAGAGCCUCUCAGACACCAAAAAACAACCUAAAUUCACACAGGUUUGCUGCGGAUGGUUGGCACGGGCUGCUUCCUCCACGCUCAGUCGCGACUAUACCUGGCUUCUCUCUCAGUACCAUGGUUCCCGUCCCUGAGCUUUACAGAGAGAGAGAGAGCGAGCAAGCGAGCUGUUGAUGAAGAAGCAUGUUGCCAGAGCCCCAUCUAUGCUCCCUUAGCAGACCAGCCCCAGUGCCAUCUUAGCCAUUCAGUGAAGGGAAGGCAGCCCACGGGUGGCAGGGCCUGAAUUCUUGUGCUCCUUUAAAAAAAAAAAUUAACUUGGUGCUAAUGUGCUGGUGAAAUUAAAUAAAGGGUAGAUGAUUUCUGUAGUAGAUUAAGCAUAGGUUUGCUAUCACGAGCUGAUUUUCUCCAAGAUAACUACCAGCUUAUAUUUUUAUUUCAAAAAGACUUCUGACUCUAUUGACUAAAGGCUACAUUUUGCCUGGGGCCUGACCUUGCAAGGGCUUGUGUACUGUGCAGAGCCUCUGGGAUGUGCACCAGCACUGAGGGCAGAAUGCCAAGAGCUCCCCCUGAGGCACCUCAGACUACCUUUCAAGAGGGAACCAAGCACAGAAUGUACCAGGCUUAAACUUUUUAAAUAAGCCAUGAACAUGGACCUGAGUAGGUUAAUAUAUGUGUGUAUGUGUGUGCAUGCGUGUGUGUGUAUAUAUACACACACAUAUAUUGCACAGCACAUUUCACUACAUUGCCACUCUAGCCACCAGCAUGGCUACAUGAUGCUUUAUUCCUAAGCAAUAACAAUAGGAUUCUCCAUGGAAGCUGGGCCACCAAGGUAGGCUCUCCAAAAGUAAGGAACUGUACAGACCACUUAGGGAACCCCAGGUACCCCACGGUGCCCCACGCCUGGGAGCAGUAUCUGCCACUGGUGUAAAGGACUACCAAAAACAGAAAAGGUAAAAUGUACCCAAAUGAUUAAACUCCUUGAAAUAUAUAUGACUUCCAAACAGUCCACUUCAUUAGGAACUUUUUUAUUUGAGUGAAUGUCACAUAGGUAUCCUUAAUAAUACAGAACAAAAUUACUUUUGUAUUAUUGUGAUUAGUUGUUGCUUAUUAUUUUAUACUCAGUAUUAAUGUGGUACACUGUUACUUUUUUUGCUUUUGUAAAUUAUAUUCUAAUUUAUUGCCAUGUUUCCUAACACUUGUCCUACAUCCAUUCUCCUGCUUGUAAUGAAAAUGAAAAAGUCAUUGUAACACUUGAUGGAGUGAAAUUCCACACCAGGCACAGAUUUUUUUUUUGACAUAGACAAUUUAGUAAAAAUAAAA